UGAGAGAAAAGUUUUGUUUGUAAAAUAUUUUCGAGAGUGGCACUGAAAAGGAUUUUUAAGAUCUAAAAUAUGUUAGAGUUAAUCGUGGACAAAAGCUGCAUAAGAUCGGUUAAUAUAAGAUUGAUCUUUGAGGGGGUCAAUUUUACCUCUUAUUAACUUCUGUCCUUUUUUAUUGUAACUCUUUCUUAAUGCUCCUCCGUGAACAAUGGUUACAGUAUGGAUUUUGAUUAGCGCUCUUUCAAACACUAAUUCAUCAAUGACAGUUUUUGCUUGUCGUACUUAAAACGUUUGUUUUACUUUCAGUGAGUAAGUGCUUCGACUUUCUUGUUGUAGCUAGCGACAAUGAUGGAGCAAAAGUAGCAACACAGAUUUUAUUGGCAUUUCAUCUAUUAUUUGUGAAUAUUUUAAUCCUUAAUUUAUUGAUUGCAAUGUUAACGUAGGCCUGAUCUGUUAUUAAUUUAUUUAACUAAAACCGUAUCAUAAUCAAUUAUUUCAGAUUUACAAUAACUGCUGUGCAAGAAAAUAAGGAACUUAUAUGGGCUUUCAAUCGUUAUGGAUUAAUACGUGAAUAUUAUUUUCGUCCACCAGUAUUUCCACCACUUACGAUAUUUGUACAUAUUUAUUGGUUAAUAAGGCAUAUUUGGUUUAGCUAUAUAAGAAAACAACUCGUAGCAAAUAAACAAUUUAGUAUGUAUUUUCUUAAAUCAGUUUUCGAUUGAUUAUGAGUUGUUUCUUGUGACCAUAUCUAGAAUUGAUUGCUUCUGAUAGUGUCAGGGUUGAAAAAGAAUGGAUCAAUUUUGAAAGUUAUUCAGCAAAUAAUUAUGUACGAAAACUAUUAGGAUCAGCAGAAUCAGUAUUAGUGAAUACAAAUGAAGGAAUAAAGUUUCCGUUAAAUGAGAAUUCAAUUGAAACAAAAAUCAUUGAGAAAGAUUUAAUGGUUAAAUUCGAAACACAGAACAAUAAACUACAAGGAAUGGAUACAUCAAUUGAACAACUCAAGAUUCAAGUGGAACAUCUUAUUAAUUGUUCACAACAGAUAAUGAAAGGAUUAAAAAUAUCGAUGGAGGAAGCAUCAGAUAAGCAAGAUUUGAGAGAAGCUGAAAAGAAACCACAAGCUGAUAUGAAACACGAAGCUGACAGUACUGAAGAUAUCUCAAAAAUAUCGUCAGUCCUAUCUUCAUGA